CAGCGGCGCGAAUUUUGGGGUAAUGUUGGGGUAUAAAAGACGGGAGUAGAGGCUAUUGAAAUCAGUCGAGUUCGCCUUUUCGACACGUCAACAGGAGCACUUAGUCUAUCUGUCAUUUACUGUGCCAUCAAAUUUCAACCUGUUGCCAUGGCUAACUUUGCCAUCACGUUGCUGCUAGCUGUUGUCUCGAUGCUGGCUGGAUCUACUAAGGGUGGACCAAUGGGCUCAUCUUCUGCAUCAAGUAGCUAUUACCAGACCACAACAACGAAAGAGUACCACACCACCAAGAAAGCUGAAUACUACACGACGACUUACGCUGCUCCCAGCUACUACACUGAGGCCCCGAAGUACUACACCACUAAAGCGCCAGAGUACUACACCACGACGUAUGCAGCUCCUACCUAUUACACCGAGGCCCCGAAGUACUACACCACCAAAGCUACCGAGUACUACACCACGGCUUCCUACUAUACAACAAAGGCGCCCGAGUAUUACACCACAAAGAAGGUCGAGUACUACACAACAACCUACGCUGCCCCUAGCUACUACACCGAGGCUCCGAAGUAUUACACCACCGAGGCUCCAAAUUACUACACCACAACGUAUGCGCCUCCUAGUUAUUACACCGAGGCUCCAAAGUACUACACCACCAAGGCACCCGAGUACUACACAACACCGGCGCCUUACUACACCACGACCUACGCAGCUCCCAGCUACUAUACCGACGCUCCCAAGUACUACACCACCAAGGCACCUGAAUACUACACUGAGGCUCCAAAGUACUACCCGGCUCCAAGCUACACCACCACAGCGGCUCCUUACUACACCACUGAAGCUGCUAAGUAUUACGUAGCCCCAACUUACUACACCGCUGCUGCUCCGUCUUACUAUGUUGAGCCAACUUACUACACCGAGGCUCCGCAGUAUUACUCAGCUCCCAGCUACUACGAAACCGAGGCACCAAAGUACUACACAACUGCCGCCCCAAGCUACUACACCGAAGCCCCUAAGUAUUAUGCUGCCCCGAGCUAUUACCAGACUGAAGCGCCCGUUUAUUAUACUAAAGCUCCCGAGUACUACACCACUGCUUCCUACUACACCACAAAAGCCGCCGAGUACUACACAACUGCCCCCUACUACACCACCAAGGCUCCAGAGUACUAUACUACGACCUACGCAGCCCCUAGCUACUACACAGAGGCCCCAAAGUACUACACCACCAAGGCACCUGAAUACUACACCGAGGCCCCGAAGUAUUACUCAGCUCCAAGCUACGCCACUACAGCUGCUCCUUACUACACCACUGAAGCUGCCAAGUAUUACGUAGCCCCGACUUACUACCCCACUGCUGCCCCAUCUUACUAUGUUGAGCCAACUUACUACACCGAAGCACCUCAAUACUACGCUGCUCCCAGCUACACCACCAAGUCUCCAGAAUACUACACCACUGCUGCCUACUACACCACAAAGGCACCUGAGUACUACACAACUCCGGCUCCUUACUACACUACGACUUAUGCAGCUCCUUCUUACUACACUGAGGCCCCCAAGUAUUACACCACCAAAGCAGCCGAGUACUAUACAACUGCCUCUUACUACACCACUAAGGCGCCAGAAUACUACACCACCAAGAAAGCUGAAUACUACACUACUCCGGCACCUUACUACAGCACUACGACCUACGCUGCUCCCAGCUACUACACCGAGGCUCCCAAGUACUACACCGAGGCUCCCAAGUACUACACCACUGCUGCUUACUACACCACCAAGGCUCCCGAGUACUAUACAACUCCGGCUCCUUACUACACUACGACCUAUGCAUCCCCUACCUACUAUACUGAAGCCCCCAAGUACUACACCACCAAAGCAGCUUCGGAGUACUAUACAACUGUCUCCUACUACACCACCAAGAAAGCUGAAUACUACACUACUCCAGAUCCCAUGUAUUACGCUGAGCCAACUUACACCAACAGGGCUGCGGAAUAUUACACCACAACGUACGCAGCUCCAGGGUACUACAAAGAGGACCCAAAAUACUACACCACCUCUGCUCCUUCAUACUACGUCGAGACUUCAAAAUAUUAGUUGUAAUUGAGUUUGUUAUAUGUUGAUUUCUGAUCUUAUUCUAUUUUUGUUAGUUAAAUACCUAUUUGCCCGCAAAUGAGCUUUCCGGAGCUUAUAAGUUAUGAUUGUCGGAAAUUAAAAUAUUGAAUUACCUUAAAAAAA